GGUAGCAUGUUCUAGAUUAUACUAUUGGCAAGAUCAGCCAAUUGGUAUUUUUGAUAAAAUAUAUAUAUAUGUAUAUAUAUAAUAAAUCAGACGAAUUUUGUUUUUAGUUGUUUGAAAGUACUCAACGAAGUCAUUUGCUUAUUAUUAGUUGUAAGAAAAGAAAUUAAUUAAGGAUAGAACAAAGUGAAGACAAAUAAUGUCGGAAGAAAAAGAACCAGUUCAAACGAAGGCUUAUAAUAUUCGCCAGAAUGACAAAGUGGGAAAAUACAUGGUUGCAAGUAGAGAAUUGAAACCUGGUGAAGAAAUCGUGACGGAGAUGCCAUUCAUUGUUGGACCAAAGGCUUUCACUUAUCCUUUGUGUCUUUCUUGUUAUGUACCAUGGCCACCUACCCUUAAAGAUAAGCCACUUUGUUCGAAAUGCAGUUGGCCAGUUUGUGGUCCAGAAUGUGAAAAUCAACCACAACAUAAAGACUAUGAGUGCCCGGUAUUUGUAGAAGCAAAAGAAAAAUUUGAUGUAUCCGCGGCUUUGGAACAAAAUAACGAAAAUGGUGUUCCCCAAUUGGAAUGUAUCACCCCUUUGAGAUUAUUAUUAGAAUCUUUAAAAAAUCCAGAGAAAUGGGAAAAAGAAGUGAAAAGUAUGGAAGCCCAUAAUAAAAUAAGAAUUCAAAAACCUCAUUGGAAAUCGGAUCAAGUGAAUGUCGUUGAAUAUUUAAGGAAACAACUCAAAUUGGACAAAUUCUCCGAAGAAGAAAUACAAACGGCUUGUGGUAUCUUGGAAAUUAAUGCUUUUGAAAUAAGAACUUCGAAAGGAUUUAGUGCUAGAGCACUUUAUCCAACAGUUGCAAUGAUGAAUCAUUCUUGUGUUUCAAACACAUGUCAUAGUAUAUCUCCCUCAGAUUAUAGGAUAUACUUACGUACUGCUAUCAGGGUACCCGAGGGCGGUGAACUUUACGGAAGUUACACGCAUUCUCUUUUCCCAACAAUGUUAAGAAGGGAACACCUUUUCGAAGGGAAACACUUUGCGUGUGCUUGCCCACGUUGUUCAGAUCCAACCGAGCUGGGAACGCACAUGUCUUCAUUGAAAUGUAAUAAAUGUGAUAAUGGGAUAGUCUUACCAUUGGAUUCUUUAGACGAGAAGAGUAUAUGGAAAUGUACUCAUUGCGAGUUCACAACUCCUAGCACGGCAGUUAAAAAAGUAUUUCAAUUAAUACAUGCUGAUGUCGAAGCUGUCGAAACCAUUAGCGGUGCUGAUGGGUCUGAUGCCAUUCACGAGAGGGAAACUGUUAUGAAAAAAUAUCGUUCGGUUUUACAUCCACGACAUGCUUUUCUUACCAUGUUAAGACAUUCGCUGACUCAAAUGUACGGACGAGUUGAUGAAUAUUUAUUGGACGAUUUGCCAGUGGUAGUAUUAGAACACAAAGUCGACAUGUGUAGAUUGUUACUUCAAGUAUUAGACGUCAUAGAACCCGGUUAUACGCGAAUAAGAGGGAUGACGUUAUACGAAUUACACGCGCCUCUUCUCUUCUUGGCAAAGGAUCAAUGGAAUGCCGGUACUAUUGAUCAAGCUGGAUUGAAAUCAAAAAUGAUAGAAGCUUCGAUAAUACUGAAAGAAGCUGCAACUAUUUUAACUUUCGAACCUACGGAUACACCUGAAGGUCAAAUAGGAAUUGUUGCUAAACAAUCAUUGGAACAACUCGAACAAUCUAUUCAAGAACGUUUGAUAUGGUUAAAUAAAUUUAGAGAGUAUUAUACGAGUAAGAAAAUGUCUGUAAAGGAUACUAGUAAGAAUAUUUCCUCAGUUUCGAAACCACAAAUAUACAAGCUUAUACAUUCGGAAAAGUUCGGAAGAUAUCUAAUAGCUGGAAAAAAUAUAAAAGCCGGCGAGGUAAUACUUCGAGAAAAGCCUAUUGCAGUUGGACCUGGUGUUUUUGAAGAUGAUUACUUUUGUUUUGCUUGUUUAAAACUAUUGAUCAGAGUUAACAAAGAAUUACAGUACGUUUGUAAGAAAUGUUGCGUUGCUCCUUUAUGUGGUCCAGAUUGCGAGAAAAAGGAUGGUCAUCAUACACCCAAAGAAUGUCAAAUUUUCAAAGACAAUCAAAAUAUAUCGAAAGAUAAAAUAUUCGAUAUUAUAGGAAUAUUGCUACCUUUGAGAUUAUUUCUUUUAAAAGAUGGAGAUCAGGAUUUAUGGGAAAAAGUGGAUCGUAUGGAGUCGCAUAUGGAUCAAAGAAGAGACACUCCCAUUUGGAAGGACAGAGAAGUUAACGUUAUUAAAAUUUUUCGUGAUCUACAACUGGUGACCAAUGAUGAUAUCUCUACGUCGGAUUUCUUACAACGGCUCUGCGGGAUUCUCGAUGUGAACAGUUUUGAAUUACGAUCACCUGGUAGAUUGGAUGCUCUUGUUCUACGUGGUUUAUACUUGGAAGCUUCUCUUAUUGCUCAUGAUUGUAGAGCAAAUACUCAUAUUACCGUCAAUGAUCAUUUUCAACUCACCGUAUAUGCCAGUUUACCUAUCAAUGAGAACGACAUAAUUUACUUCAACUAUACCUCCUCGCUUUUGGGUUCAGCUGAAAGAAGAGAACAUCUUCGGGAAGGGAAAUAUUUCGAGUGUGAAUGUUCGGUUUGUAAAGAUCCAUAUGAAUUAGGUUCACAUUUAAGUAGUAUACUUUGUCCACGUUGCAGAGACGGAUAUGUGGGAGCUCAAAAUCCUUUAGAAGCGAAACCUUACAAACGUGACAGUAUAUGGCAAUGUAAUAAAUGUAGAAAAACUUACGGUGGUUAUCUCAUAAGAGCAACAUUGAAUAUAACUCGAGCGCUGAUCGACGAUUACGAUGGAACGAAUGUAAAAGACAUGGAAUUUUUGAUUAAAAAACUCACGCUAUCUUUUCAUCCUAAUCAUUAUCUUUUAUUGGCAUUGAAACAAAAAUUAUUAGCAGCCUAUAGAAAACAAGUGGCAGCACCGAAUCCUCAAAGGAAGAUCAUUCAAAAAAUGUUCGAUUUGUGUAAGGAAGUUCUUCAAGUAUUGGAGUUAGUAGAACCUGGUAUAUCACGACUAAAAGGUAUAAUGUUAUACGAAAUGCACUUGCCUUUGGUGUUGCUGGCUAAUCGCGCUUACGCAGCGUGCGAAAUUUCCCCCAUGGAAAUGUCUUCUCAGCUUCGAGAAGCUGGGACACACCUAAGAAAAGCUUUGUCAAUGCUCCUUUUGGAACCUGUCGACUCACCUGAGGGACAUUUAGCCAAACGUGCUCUUAAAGAAUUAAAAAUGCUCAAUCAAAAUAUAGCCGAUGCUGAAGCACUUCAGCAAUCACAAGAGGAAUCUAAAUCACGUUUAUGUAAAGAAAAGAAGAAAAAAUAAUCUAUAUAAAAUGUGUUGGAAAUAUCUUUCGAUCGUACGUAAUACAUUCUGUUUAUCGAUUAGUGGGUUAUUAAUAAAAACAUUAUAUAUGCUCCGUUA